UUUUCAUCUAGUGCCAUCAUCAGCAGUCAGCAGAGCAGCCAGCAGAGCAGCCAGCAGAGCAGCCAUGAAGACGACAACACUCGCUUCUUGACUCCAUUAAUCCGAGAGGAGAGGUCUGACAGUGCAGCCGACAAAAUCAGCACUGCCAGUAACUCAAACAAGAGCACACCUGCCUGCUCACCAGUCCUACGUAAACGCUCGCGCUCUCCCACACCGCAGACCCAGGAGGGUGAGAACAUGGUGGAGAAGGGUUCAGACCACUCCUCUGACAAGUCCCCCUCCACGCCUGAGCAGGUUGUCCAGAGAACAUACUCCCUGCAGUCAGCACGAAGCGGGGGAAAGAACUCAAAGUAUGACAGACUAAACCUGAUUAAAAAAAGCCAAAGCUGGUACAACGUGCUGAGCCCCACAUACAAGCAGCGUAAUGAGGACUUUAGGAAACUCUUCAAGCAGCUCCCUGACACAGAGAGACUCAUUGUGGACUACUCCUGUGCUCUUCAACGGGACAUCCUCCUGCAGGGACGACUCUACCUCUCUGAGAACUGGAUUUGUUUCUAUAGCAACAUCUUCCGCUGGGAAACACUGCUGACAGUGCGGCUAAAGGACAUCUGCUCAAUGACGAAAGAGAAGACUGCCCGCCUCAUUCCCAAUGCCAUCCAGGUCUGCACAGACACUGAGAAGCACUUUUUCACCUCGUUUGGAGCCAGGGACAGGACGUACAUGAUGAUGUUCAGACUGUGGCAGAAUGCACUGCUGGACAAGCCUCUGUGCCCCAAAGAAUUGUGGCACUUUGUUCACCAGUGCUAUGGCAACGAGCUCGGCCUAACCAGUGAUGAUGAGGACUAUGUUCCCCCUGAUGAUGACUUCAACACCAUGGGGUUCAGUGAAGAGAUUCCCAAUGAAGAGAAUGAGAUCAACAAUGACAACUUGUCUAAGAGCAGCACUGAGGCCAAGCCUGAAGGGAGCCCUCCUCCGCUACAUAAGAAGGUUGUCCCUAACAGCACCAUCCCCAGCCCAGGCAACCAUGACACACCCAUUACAUUUGACCUCCCAGCAGAGGAAUACGCAGACUGUCUACCAGACGGCGAGCUGCUGGCUGUGCCACUGGUGGCAGAAGAGAAGAACAAUGAUACCAGUGGGCCUGGUGGUCCUGUGCCCUCACCCUCACUUGACUUCAACGACAAUGAGGACAUCCCCACUGAGCUCAGUGACUCAUCGGAAACACACGACGAGGGUGAAGUACAGGCUUUCCAUGAGGAUCUGAACGGCAGGCAGUACAUCAACGAGGUCUACAAGUUCAGUGUGGACAAGCUCUACGACAUCCUCUUCACUGAGUCGCAGUUCAUGAGUGACUUCAUGGAGCAGAGGCGAUUUUCAGAUGUGGUCUACCACCCAUGGAAGAAAGAGGAGGCUGGGAAUCAGACCAGAGAGAUCUUGUACACCAUCUCCCUGUCAAACCCACUGGCCCCUAAAACAGCCACAGUCACUGAGACACAGACUCUGUACAAAGCCAGUCAGGAGAGUGAGUGUUACAUCAUUGACGCUGAGGUCAUUACACAUGAUGUGCCCUACCACGAUUACUUCUACACUCUCAACCGCUACAUGCUCACCAGGGUGGCCAAGAACAAGUGUCGGUUACGGGUAUCGACAGAGCUACGCUACAGAAAGCAGCCAUGGGGGUUGGUGAAAGGCUUCAUAGAGAAAAACUUCUGGAGUGGGCUGGAGGAAAAUUUCCGGCAUCUUGAGUUGGAGCUGUCCAAGCUGGAGGAGAUACUGACCGAGACCCACCAGCUGUCUCCGAAGGCCAAGGCGGUGAAGAACUCCACGGUGAGGCGGAAGAAGAGGCCGCUCCCCCACAUGCGCAGCCAGCAUCUGGACGAGGCACUCAGCCCCGUUACCACGCCGACGGACGAAGAAGUGAUUCAGAGGAUCAAACAAGUGGCAGGAUCCACACAGACCCGACACCAGAGUCCAGAACACCAUCACAUGCCUGGAAGCCUCGCUCUUUACAGUGUCUCCAAACUGCUGCUCAUCAUCAGCUUUGUGAUCUGUUUAAGCCUGGUCCUGCUGGUGUUCCUCAACAUGAUGCUCUUCUAUAAACUGUGGAUGCUGGAGUACUCUGCACAGUCCUUAACGACCUGGCAAGGUCUACGGCUUCAUGAAAGUAAACUGCCUCAGACACAGAUGGAGUGGGCCCAGCUCCUGGAGGCGCAGCAGCGUUACCAUGACACGGAGCUGCAGAAGUGGAGGGAGAUUAUCAAGUCGUCAGUGGUGCUGUUAGACCAGAUGAAAGACUCUUUAUUGAACCUCCAGCGAGGCAUUGGUUUAAGUGAAUACAGCUCUGAGGCGGAGGAGAAGAGAAGUCGCUAUCACUGACACACCACCACAAGGCCAUGAGGGCGUGCUGUGCAAUAUAGGACCUGUUUUUGUUUGUGAACCAGUAUGCAGGCAGCAGCAAGAGAGAGAGAGGGAGGAUAGAGGGGGAAGCGGGACCAACAGUGAGCUGGUCCAACAGACAAAGAGGAACAGAGGGUAACCAGCGCACAGAGGGUUAAAAAAAAACACCCCCAGAGGAGGAAGUCAUGGACAGAAAGUGCCCCUAUCACACACAGGAACUGAGGUGUCCCCAACAUCACUGAGGCACUGAGGGACGGUGCGAGACUUACACCUUCUCUACACUUGUGGGAUAACUGUUUCCUUCUACUCUCUUUAUUUCCAAGUGCAUCCUUCUGUAAGCCAUGUCGACCAGGAGAGUGGCAGAGAGAAAGAAGGAAAACUACUGCAUGCAUUUAGACAACCUAGCUCCCCUCAGUCAGUGUUAAUGUGGUCCAGUUCCAGUCUAUGUGUGUCAAAAAAAAGAAGAACAGAAGAAGAUGAGAGAUUUUGUCAAAGGAAAGGGGGGUCCUUUCGAGUCUUAAUGGCUUUCUACACUCUCUCGACUGUUCCAAACCAAUCAUCCCCUAGAGGUCCUCGCUGCAGCGUCCCUUUUGCAAACCUCCAGGUAAUCAGAGUGUGAAGUAUCAUCCCGCAACCUAAAAGGAAAAGAAGUGUUGUAGCUGGAAGCUCCUUGCCUUGUUUGACCCUGGCCUCUGUCAGGGCUGGUUCCCUGUCAGACCGUUGUGUUGAAAUAUUUAAAAGUAGAAUCUAAGGAUUAAGACAGAAACCAGUAUUUUUAACCUUAUACACAAUUCACAUGAUCAGUUGCCCCAGCCAGAGUGUUAGCUACCUUACACUGCAUUAUUCCUCAUCCUUGUAAAGAAGUCGAAUGUAUUAGCCUGGACAAAAAGGCCAGGCUUUGAUCUCAACUUAUUCUUCUUUGAAAAAGGGAUGCUGCAGCCAAACCUGUAGGGAGAUCUGUGUUCUUACUUGUUUUAUUACUAAACUGUGACUAUAUCUCUUUAAAAAUGUUUCAAAG